AUGUCAAACCAGAAACUUGAAGAUGCUGUCACUUAUCCAUCUGUGGAGAUGAACCCUUCAAGACCUCAACAACGAGGAAGACUGCUUCUACUCCCUACCGAAAUCCUUCUCCAGAUCACUAGCGAUCCCGAUCGAGAUGGAGGGACUAUACCUUACAAAGAUCUCAAGCGUUUGGCACUAAGCUGCUCCAGACUCUUCUAUCUCAUUCGCCCGAUAUACUACUUCGCCGAUAACUUCGCCGUCUUUCACUCUGCUGUUGCACAUAGAGACCUAGAGGUUAUCCAAAGAUGCAUUCAAUUCCGAUCCGUACCUCGUACGGUGACGCAACUUCCCCACGGCUGCACAUGUCCAUCGGAAAUGCCACAUGAGAAGCACAGCCCUCUUGAUUCCCUUCUAGAGUGCUUUGUUUACGGCUCUUUCCCCAUCGGUAAGUCCCUAGACGCAUUGAAAUGGUUGCUCGAUGAAGACACAAAAGGAUAUAACCCGACGGACCAGCCAUGGCACAAGGAUCAUUGCUUGGACGAUUACCAUCAUAUACCUGAGCUUUUGGUCACUUUUUUGGGCCAGAAUACUGACAGAGCUCGAACAAAAGAGACUAUCGAGAUGAUUGAAGCCUUGCGGAGCUAUGGAUUCUGCUUACCUUACCAGGUAAACGAGAAAGUACACGUGGAACUCUAUCUUGAUGAAAGAGAUGUCAAGCGCCUCGCCUAUACGCCCUUUGAUGUGGCUUUACGACCGCACUGCCCCGCAAACUUCCUUGGAAUCAUGCUCGAGGAAUAUAAACGGCGCGGAUUAUCUAUCAAGGCCGCAUGCAGCACACGACCCUUCCAAGUCGAAAGUUGGGCAGGGAAUGUGGCAUGGGGUUUGUUUCUAGGACUCAUGGAUGCUUCAUUGAUCUGGAAGGAAUCGUACUUGGGCGAAGUCACCCAUGGAUUCCAAGAAAAAGUCCAGCUACUGGUGGAUUAUGAGGCAGUCGACUCCGAUGAGCUGCUCGCUUUGCAGUGCAUACUGGAAGCCCUGGAAAGUAUCACCUCAGAUGCUCAAAGGCUUGGGGGGUUUGAUGAGGAGCGCGACGGGAAGGCAUGCUGGCUCAGGCUAUGUGAAGCUAAUCCUAAGUUCAGGGCCGAUAUGUCGUUUUCCUGGAUGCAAGAGGACGGGUGGGAUCUGAGACAGAAUGAGAAAGGGAUGUGGUAUGACCGCAUGUGGGACCGCUUUCAGAAUCCUGAACUUUGUCUUCUCAUUCUGCCCAAAUGGCAGCCCGUGACAUUUGAAGAGUACGUGGCCUUAGUGGAGAAAGAGUACCUGAGGGUCAAACGUCGUUUUUCGCUGUCAGGACUCAGGGGGAGUUCGACAAUCAAAUAA